ACAGAACCAUCUUCACUCCGCUGGAGUUGAAAUGCCUUACAAGUGUGAACUGACUGUCGGAGAUUCACGCAAUAUUUGCGUUUUUGCAAGUCCCAUGUCUUGGACAAGCCAGUUGGUGGCGGUACUGCUCCGUUACGAUGUUUGUCAACCACCAUUUACAUAAAGUAGAAGAAGAAGAAGAAGAAGAAGAAGAAGACGGUCUUGUACAAGCAUGGCUGCGUCCAAAAGAAAACGUGGAGGAGAUGGAACCUCGGACAAAAAGGGGAAAAAGGGUAAAUUUGUUGCAGAUAAAGGCGAAACUCAGCCUGAAACUGAGCAGGAGACAAAAAAUGAAGUUACUGUCCCAGCUCCGGUUUCUAUGGGCAAAUGGACCAACAAGGAAAGAGUUCUUAUCUUCUCUUCAAGAGGAAUCAACUUCAGAACCAGACACCUGAUGCAAGACCUGAGGACCAUGAUGCCUCACUCAAAAGCAGAUACCAAAAUGGACAGGAAGGACAAGCUGUUUGUUGUUAAUGAGGUGUGUGAAAUCAAAAAUUGCAACAAGUGCCUCUUUUUCGAGGCAAAGAAGAAGCAGGACCUCUACAUGUGGAUCUCCAACUGCCCGCAUGGACCUUCUGCAAAGUUUCUGGUUCAGAACAUUCAUACGUUGGCUGAGCUCAAAAUGACAGGAAACUGCCUGAAAGGAUCAAGACCACUGCUCUCGUUUGAUCCAAAAUUUGACAAAGAGCCCCAGUAUGCUUUACUGAAGGAACUCUUCAUCCAGACAUUUUCCACGCCUCACUAUCAUCCUAAGAGUCAGCCUUUUGUGGACCACGUCUACACUUUCUCCAUCGCAGACAACAGAAUAUGGUUUAGAAACUACCAGAUAAUUGAAGAGGACGCCUCUCUGGUGGAGAUCGGCCCACGAUUUGUUCUAAAUCUCAUAAAGAUCUUCCAGGGAAGCUUUGGAGGGCCCACGCUGUAUGAAAAUCCCAACUUCCGAUCUCCAAACUUGCACAGACGGGAGAUCCGCCUGGCAGCCGCAGCCAAAGUGCGAGAGAAGCAGAUGGUGAAAGAGAUUCAGAAAAUAAAGAGGAAAGAUGCGAAGGAGGUGGUCGACAACGAUGUGACGGCUGACGUCUUUGUUACACCAGAUGAACGGAAACCUGUUCACAUUCAGACGGAGCCACCUGCGCCAAAAGUAGUGAAGAAGAACAAACACAAAGCUUUCAAGAGGGAGCGGAUGCAGCGGGGACGCAGAUGAUUUGCUUCAGCCACAGUCCUAAUUGUUUUCUCCUUUUUUUUCUUCUUGAUGUCGUGUUGUGUUCAGUGAAAUGUGCAGAAACUAAUUGGCCAUGUACACAUCUUUUAUUUUACAACACAUCUUAAGUAUUUACAGUCCUUUUUAAUAAAAAAAAUACAUGCUGUUAUAUAAACCAAGCUUGAUAUAAAUUGUUUUGUAUUAAAAAAGAUAUAAUUUUCCGGUGUACUUUGAAUGUGUACCUCAAAAAAGUAUGUUUUUCCUCAGUGUACUAAUUUCACCUGGGGUCCAUUUUGUGUCAGAUGAGUCAAAUAUUUGCUGUACAAAGAAUCAUCAUGAACAAAUACUUGUGAAUCCCUGCAUAAAUAUUUCCAUAUUAACACAUUAAACAUAAAUGGAAUUUA